UUUUCUAUGUGCAUUUUAAAGCCUCGAAGCUGCUACGUUGUCCACCUCGAGCCCAGCGUGUUAUUCUCCGACAGCGGCGCUGAGGAGCCACAGGCCGUCCAAACUGAGACGGUGAGCAGCCAGCUCUGAUUGUGACCAGUUCCAAUAUUUGAUGGGGGGAAAACAAAAAGUGUUCCAGGCUUUUUGAUAUAAUUUAUAGCUUUGGAUCAAACGGGAAAUGACAGGAUUGCAAGAUUACCCUCGUUUACAUACUUAAGCAGGCAUUUAGAGCUACUUAAAGGACGAUUGGCUGAUUUAUAAUCUCUGCCUGAUUUGAUUGGUGCACCCCCAGUAAUAAUCAUGGUCACCAUGCCUGUAGAAAGGAUGAGGAUGCGGCCGUGGCUGGAGGAACAGAUCAACUCUUGUCAGAUCCCAGGACUGAAAUGGGUCAACAAAGAAAAGAGAAUCUUCCAGAUCCCAUGGAUGCAUGCGGCGCGUCACGGCUGGGACCUGGAGAAAGACGCGCCGCUCUUCAUGCGAUGGGCCAUACACACUGGUAAAUACCAGCCCGGCGUGGACCGGCCCGACCCAAAGACCUGGAAGGCUAACUUCCGCUGCGCCAUGAACAGCCUGCCUGACAUCGAGGAGGUGAAGGACAAAAGUAUCAAGAAAGGAACCAACGCCUUCAGAGUGUACAAGAUGCUCUCGUCCACAGAGAGGAGCUUGAAGAAAGGAAAGAAGAAGGCCGACAAGGAGGGAAAGUCCAAGGGAAGCAAAGAGGGAGCCGCUCUGUCUCCAAACACGACUUUUUCUGAAGUCCAGCCCGGACCUGUCGACUGUUCCAAGCAGCUCGCGCUCAAAGCAGAGGCCCGGGAGCUCACAGUGACCAACAGCGGAUCAGCGCUCCACAGUCCGGCCGGGGACCACCUGAUCCAGUGCGAGCAGCUGCCAGACGUGUGCCAGACCAUCGAGGUGACCACCGAGAACGAGGAGCAGACCGUUAGCUCUUCCCACUCGUACCCGCUGCAGAUCUCUCCUGUAUCUUCAUGCUGCGGCAGCGACACAGAGAGUGACACAGAAGACAACAAAGAGGCUCUCAGUCCGACGUGGAAGCGGGAAUACCCGUCGGUCCUCAGAAUCCCGCCGUGCUCUCUCCCCGGCAUGGCUUCGUUCGUCAACCCAAGCAAACCCAACUUCCGGGUCACCAGCCUGAAGGACCCCACGCCCCUCAUCAGCUACCACAUUGACAGCUGGACGCCGGCCUGCGGCCAAAACUCUCACACACCGCCGUCGAGCAGCCACGCUCACGAGGUGCGUGCAAGCGUCAUUAGGAAAACCUCGGACGUCACUUCCUCCUGACCCCUGACCUCGGAUGAAGGGGCUAGGGGGAAGAACAGUCUCUUCCGGAGAACAUGUGGGCUACGUCGGAGCCUAAAACACCUGUGUGGAUUUUCAGUUCUCUUAGUUUUCCCUUUUGACCGACUGACACUCAGCUGGAUGUACCGGUCCGCCAAGCUGUGAGCAUUUGACCGUCAGCGUGGCGACUGGGUUUACGAUCUGCAGACCACUUCCACCUGAGUGGGGACAGGAGGACCAUACCGACGCCCUCCGUGUGCCACCGGUGGAACAUUUAUGUGCAGCUUAAGUAGCUUCACACGCCUUUUUAGUAGUGAGAGGUUCUCAGCGUUUUUAAUAGUUCGGCUUACCAAAGAUUAGUUUAAUUCAGUCCGUUAGUUUCGACAAGCUAAAUGUAGUAAAUGCAGCCUGUUUGCAAUCAUGUUCCUCAUCGCCACGUUUAACCAACGCAAGCACCUAACUACCAAGUUAAAUGCUUUGCUGGAGACACACGGAACCGGUAUGUGGCGUCGCCAUCCCAAUCAGUUCUGGUCAGCAGAUUAAUUAUCAUCUAUUUAUACUCUCAAUCACUGGCCCCACAGUGGACAGCAGGCCGUGUGGAUCUGUCUCCUCAGGACUCACCAUUACUACAGCGGGGGGACUAACACCGCCCUCCUGGUGUCCACAAUGUACAUAACUCUUUUGUAUGUGGGUUUUUGAUUGCUUUAGCACCUUACAGGCAGCCCACUGGUUGGCGUGCGUGUGUGUGUGUAUGGGUGUGUGUUUGUGAGUCUGAGAGAAACGGGGAGCAAAGCUUUACUUGCUGAUAUGUGCCUUUCGAUGUGGCCGGAUUCAAACUAGGCAUGGGCCUGUAUGAGAUUCUUAAUCCUGAUACAAUGAGAUCCUAAAAUUUUGACAAAAUGGGGAAAAAAACAUGAGUUAUGUUCAAUAUUAUCUAAACCAUUUUACUUCAAGCACCAAGAAGUUUGUUUCUGAUGGGAAAUAAGACGGAACAUAAUGAAAAAAAUGAAAUUUAAGUUAUCAAACUUUGUAAUGAAAACUCGACACCGGUUACCGGCCCAUGCUUACUUGAAGCUAGCUGUGCUUUAGCCUGCUAGCGGCAAACUCUACACCUCGGAAAGUCGCUCUUGUGCCUUUUUAUAAAUAAGAUAUGCAUAUGAUUUUA